AUGCCGCCCAUGUGCUCGAUGAAGUGCAACUUCAUCAAAGUGGACUGGAUCUGGCCGGUAGGACUUGCCAAGCCUCGCGAAUACCUGGAGGCAGAGUGGAGGGUGGUGCGACGGGCAGGCGAGGGCAAGGAGGUGCGCUGGGAGAAGCUCAUUAAACUGGGCUCGGACGCGGAGAACCCCAUCGUUGUAGUCUGA